AUGGCGCACGAGCACGCGCCACUCUCCCCCGCAGUUCUACCGCGCUCGACGCCGUACGAGCGCGACAUGGAGCACCUCUGGCCAGUAGUGAUCGACGUGGACACCGCGCAGCCCACGUGGCACAAGGGUAAUAAACGAGGCGACGGCGACGCGCUGCAGUGGACGUACAGCCCUCUGCGCGGCAGGAGGGACGACUGGACGUGCUGCACUAGCACUACUACCACUUGUACGAUCGAUUAUACGGGACGCGUGCCGCCUGUCGAGUCGGCGGAAGCGAAGCGCGCGCGUCGCUCUGCGAUCGAAAAGAUGUCGCGUCGGAAGCGACAGGAGGCGCUCACGGGUAUGCGGCAAGAGGUCCGGUUUCUGGAAAAGAGAGUCGCUGAGCUGACGGUGAGGAGCGCAGGUACGCAACGUGAGGGACGAUGGGAGAGCGACGAGCGGCCGCUUGCUGUCGUCCCGAUGUACAAGUUGCAGCAAAAGUAUAUACAGCUCGUGCAGGUCCGACUGGAGCUCGAGCGCGACCGCAGGGAGCUGGGCAAGUCGUUGCUGCAGCAGCGCAAAGGAAGGCGGCAGGAGCACACUGCGAGCGCGUCGACGGCUUAUUGCGAGGGAACGGGGCGACGGCUCUGGGAGAGCGGGCGGCCGCUGUGCCCGCCGUCGUUGGCCGUGCGGGUCCGUGAGCUUGCGCUGGACGAGUGUUUCCGUGUCGUGUGUUGCGCGAGUCGCGACAUUGAGACGUUCUGUGCGGCGAAUAGUCUGAAAAGCACAGGCGCGACGUUCAUGGGCUGGACAGACAAGCGCAAGGUCGACCGCGAGUCGCAGACGAUGCAGUACUGCUUUACCAAACGCUUUCCGCUCGAAACGCCCGAGCGCUUGCUUGCUGGCGGGUGGCAGGUGUUUUCGAAUGGCGACAAGAUGCGGGCAAUGGCGUUUGACAGCUCCGUGCACACGCGGUUUGAAGUGCUGCAAGUGCUGAAUGACAAGCUGAUCGUCAUCCGUCGCGACCACAAGUUCCCGACCAUGGCGCUGACGUUUACCUCGGUCCUGCUCGUUGCUUGGUGGGAGACAGCUACAGGGUACACGUUGUGCAGCCGCACGAUUCCAACACCUGAGAUUGAAAAGGCGCUGGGACCUGAUGAGAACUAUUACGAUGCUUUCCACUGGGUUCGCUUUGACCGAUUGUUUGACGAGCUGGACAAGCCAGCUGGCUGCGAUGUGAUGUUUGGAGGGUCUGUCAGAGACCCGAACCAGUUGUAUUCGAGACACUGGCUUUUCGAGCUCGUGUGCUGCGUCUUGCGAUGGGAACAUGCAUGCGUCGCUCCGCUCUUGCUGAAACGGAUCUGA